GCAGUUUACCUCCGAUUUUACGCGUCUGUGGCUUGUUAGCACAUGGGGCGAGCCAGCGAUGAGAUUGGGCGUGCUCAAUUCGAUUCGUUGGGUGUUGUUGCUGUGGAAAGUGUAGGUGUUGUUGCUGUUGUUGUUGUUGUUGUUGUUGAAGCUGCUACCGCUGCCGCUACUGCCGCUGCUGCUGCUGCUUCUGCUGCUGCCUUGCGUGGUGGCGAUGAAAUUCUGGUCGUCCUUUUGUCCUUCCCAUGCUUGACCGGCCUACAAGUCCGUCUUCGGAAUGAAUGUCGUACGGACUCACGUCAAGUUGGACUCAACCCUUCUAGACCUCAACCACCGUCGCCUCUCCCCGUCCCCCGGCAACUGAAUCGGAAAAGCCAUGGGGCAAAACGGGAUGAUGUUGAUGCGAGAGAACCAGGUCGGAAACGCUGUAGCAUGGCGCGAGAGGAGGCACUUACAUUGAAACAAGGGUUUCGGGGUUUGAUUUUCGUGAUUUGUCACAACAAAGACCGGGUUUUUGUCUGCUCAAGGAGCCAUCUAUCUAUCUUUAGCUGUGUAUCUAACGGGGCGGUUGGUUGUGAGGUAGCGAGACAGAUGUUGUUGUUGUUGACGUCGUUGGUGACUUUCUUGUUGUCAUGGUCCACGGCUGCUUGCCGUGUGGCAAAUGCCGAUGAUACUUGUUUUGGGAUGCGUGUAUCUGCGAGGACGUGUCAACUGUCGGCAGGGACAUAAGUCAUCAUUCGUGUUUCUUUGUUUUUGAUACCGGCGACAGGGCGGGUCAGCAGGUCGUCGCCGGCAGUAGAUCACGCGCUUGGGUUGUAUUUGGUCGUUCAGACGUGGGCUGUCGGGGGGUUCGCUGUGUUGCUCCAACCCCGGCUCGUUGUGUUUUUCGCCGGUUGGGCGUGCGUUUUUCGGGAAGGUGUCGAAUCAACGAACGGCAGACACAGUACGAUGGGUUUGGUAAUCGAGGCGGAAUUUGGGGGCACUGACGCCUGGUGAACGAGGCAGAGUCGGGCGGCUGUGAAUUGAUGUAGAGCAAGGAGGGGAGGGGGGUUGUGGUGUGCCGGCACCACGUGUUUGUUUGUUUGCGUGGAAAACACAACAAACGGCACACGAGGGGGCUCUUCUUUCUCUCACCGCCUCCUUUCUGCGGUUUGUUUCUCCCCAACUUCUUCUCAACGCUGGCACUUGCUCAUGAAGGAAAAAGUAGGUUGUUGUUGUUGUUGCUUCGCCAUGGCAAGGAAGGGGGGGGGUGACGCUACGUCCUCAUUGCUCUGAACGAGGGUUCUCCGCAGUGUAGUGCAUGACUUGGGUGUUGGUGUCUGUUUCGGGACUAUGUAGGGACGUGGAUGAUGAUCAACACGCACACUCGGUGUGAGAGUAGAUUCCCUUGAGGGAUGAAGAAAAAGAAAAAAGUAAGUGUAACAACAGUCGAGGGACACGGGGCGUACUAUAAUAGUGCCGUCGGAUGGGAUGUAUUUUCACUCCUCGUGAUAUUUUUGCCAACUGGGUACAACAAGCUUAAGAAUUUGUUCGCAUUAGUUAUGUGCAUUACAGCCAGCUUACCUAUACACGAAGACUACCCACGUUGUGGAAGGCGCAACAGAGCUUAAUUUCUUUU